GGUCGAAAUGACGUCACCUCACCUAAUCCUCUCACGCCACAUUGCUUAUAAAGUGAGGACGUCUUUGCAAAUCUAUUGAAUUCACCCUGACUGUUGUGGACGGUGCAGCACCUGACCUCAGACAAGAAUGGCUGAUUACACCAUCAUUUAUUUCGAUGUUAGAGGCCGCUGUGAAGCUAUGCGGAUGUUGCUGGCUGACCAAGGCUUGGAUUGGAAGGAGGAAGUUGUAACAUUUGAUACCUGGACAAAGGGGGAGCUUAAGCAGAAAGCGGUUUUUGGACAGCUUCCUGCAUUUAAAGAUUGUGAUGUCACCAUGUACCAGUCAAAUGCAAUCCUGCGUCAUCUUGCCCGAAAGCAUGGUCUUUAUGGGAAGCAGCCUCUUGAUGCAUCUCUUAUAGAUAUGGUUAAUGAUGGAGUAGAAGAUCUUAGACUAAAAUAUAUUCGUUUGAUCUACCAAAACUUUGAGGACGGAAAGGAUGCUUAUAUUAAGAGUCUUCCCAAUGAGUUGCGGCCAUUUGAACGUAUACUAUCUGAAAACAAUAAGGGUAAAAGCUUUCUGGUGGGAGAAGAGAUUUCUUUUGCAGAUUAUAAUCUAGUGGAUCUCCUGAACAAUCAUCUUGUUUUGAGUCCGGGAUGCCUUGAUGACUUCCCACUCCUUUCAGCAUACGUGUCCUGCAUCACAUCCAGACCUAAGCUCAAAGCAUACCUGUCUAGUGAUGCGCACAAGAAUAAAAAAAUCAAUGGGAAUGGCAAACAGUAACUGGUGGGAGGCCUGGAAUAUUGAGAUCUUAAUAUGUAAUACAGGCUCAGUACUUGAUUACAUCUUUUUGUAGAAGCUUGAACAAAUUUUGUAACAAUAAACAAAAGAAACUUA